CAUCUUCCGGGUCACCCACGGGAGAAUGAAGGCAUCGGCGGAGCCUCUUGUGCUUUUUGAAGGGUCGGAGCGGCUCCUGGGAGACAAAGUGGAUGCCAAAAAGAGCACUCUGGACAACAGACAAUGAGAAACAGCCUUAAAAUGCAAAAGAAGCCAUCAAUCAAAAUCUUCCACUUCCUCCAAAAAGUGUAAAAACUUUUCUCCUUCUCCAGCUGAUUAGAGACAAUGGAGAGAAUUAUGAAAGUAAAGCUUUCAGCUGGAAAGAAAGAAUAUUUGGAACGCAAGGAAGCAUUACAUGACAAGUCAAGGAGGAUAAUUUCUAAAUAAAGAACACCUGGAAGUCAGUGGGAAGAAAAAGGUUCCAUGGAUAGCCAAAACUGGCAGCUAUUAACGAAAGCCUUUGUGGAAGGAAAGAGUAGCAUGAAUCAAAAAACCACCAGGUAAGGGAUCAGAAACAUUGUUGGUCUCCUCAAGAAUCCAAGAAUAUCAGUGUUGGAAAAUCCCCACAGACUACCUAGUUUGGGAAAAACACAGAUUGCAGAUCACAUCUGAUUGAUGCAUAAAUUGAACCACCCGUGAAAAGUCAUACAAAUGUUUGGCGUACAACAGAAAGCUUUACUCAGAAAAGGUUUCUCGUGACUCGUGGAAGGACCCAUACCGAAGAGAAACUCUACUAGUGCUCCCAUUGUGACAAAAGAUUUAGCAUGGACACCAAUCUGGCGAUACACCAGAGGACUCCCACAGGAGAGAAACCAUAUGAGUGUCUGGAUUGUGGGAAAAGUUUUCUGCAUAAUUCAAAACUGGUGAUACACCAGAGGACUCACACAGGAGAGAAACCAUAUGAGUGUCCAGAUUGUGGGAAAAUGUUCAGUCAGAAUUCCUACCUGGUGAGACACCGGAGGACUCACACAGGAGAGAAACCAUAUGAGUGUCCGGAUUGUGGGAAAAGUUUCAGUCGGAAUUCCCACCUGGUGGAACACCAGAUGACUCACACGGGAGAGAAACCAUAUGAGUGUCCGGAUUGUGGGAAACGUUUCCAGCAGAAUUCCAAGCUGGUGGUACACCAGAGGACUCACACGGGAGAGAAACCAUAUGAGUGUCCGGACUGUGGGAAAAGUUUCAAGGAGAAUUCCAAGCUUGUGAUACAUCAGAGGAGUCACACAGGAGAGAAACCAUUUGAAUGUCCGGAUUGUGGGAAAAGAUUCACUCAGAAUUCCUACCUGGUGAUACACCAGAGAAUUCAUACUGGAGAGAUACCAUAUGAGUGUCUGGAUUGUGGGAAAUUUUUUAGUAGGAAUUCCAAACUGCUCAUGCACCAAAGGACUCACAAGGGAGAGAAACCAUUUGAAUGUCCUGAUUGUGGAAAAGGUUUCAAUUGCAAUUCUGACCUGGUGGUACACCAGAGGAUUCACACAGGAGAAAAACCGUAUGAGUGUUUGGAGUGUGGGAAAAGUUUCAUUCAAAAUUCCCACCUUGUGGAACACCGCAAGACUCACACAGGAGAAAAACCAUAUAAGUGUCCAAUUUGUGGGAAAGGUUUCUAUCGGAAUUCUCAUGUGUUAGUACACCAGAGGUCUCAUACGGGAGAGAAACCAUUUGAGUGUCUAUUUUGUGGGAAACGUUUCAGUCAGAAUUCCUAUCUGGUUAAACACCAGAGAAUUCACACAGGAGAAAAACCAUAUGAGUGUCCUGAAUGUGAGAAAAAGUUCAGUCGGAAUUCCGACUUGAUGAUACACUGGAGGACUCACACAGGGGAGAAACCGUAUGAGUGUCCAGAUUGUGGGAAAGCUUUCAGUAUCAGGUCUAGCCUUAUAAAUCAUCUGGUGAUACACCAGAGAAUUCACACUGGAGAGAAACCAUAUGACUGUCCAGAUUGUGGGAAAAGGUUCAGUCAGAAUUCAAACCUGGUGAUACACCGGAGGACUCACACUGGAGAAAAACCAUAUGAGUGUCCUGAUUGUGGGAAAAGUUUCCAGCAGAAUUCUAAGCUUGUGAUACACCAGAGGACUCACACGGGAGACAAACCAUAUAAGUGUCCAGAUUGUGGGAAAGGUUUCAAUUGGAAUUCCGAGUUGGAAGUACACCAGAGGACUCACACUGGAGAAAAACCAUAUGAGUGUCCGAAUUGUGGGAAAAGUUUCAGUCGGAAUUCCCACCUGGUAGAACACCAGAGGACUCACACAGGAGAGAAACCAUAUGAGUGUCCCGAUUGUGGGAAAAGGUUCCAGCAGAAUUCCAAGUUGGUGAUACACCAGAGGACUCACACGGGAGAGAAGCCAUAUGAGUGUCCUGAUUGUGGGAAAAGUUUCAAGCAGAAUUCCAAACUGGUGAUACACCAGAGGACUCACACAGGAGAGAAACCAUAUGAGUGUCCGGAUUGUGGGAAAAGUUUCACUCAGAAUGCCAACCUGGUGAUACACCAGAGGACUCACACUGGAGAGAUACCAUAUGAGUGUCUGGAUUGUGGGAAACUUUUUAGUAGGAAUUCCAAACUGCUCAUGCACCAGAGGACUCACACGGGAGAGAAACCAUUUGAAUGUCCUGAUUGUGGAAAAGGUUUCAAUUGGAAUUCUGAUCUGGUGAUACACCAGAGGAUUCACACAGGAGAAAAGCCGUAUGAGUGUCUGGAGUGUGGGAAAACUUUCAUUCGAAAUUCCCACCUUGUGCAACACCGCAGGACUCACACAGGAGAAAAACCAUAUAAGUGUCCAGAUUGUGGAAAAGGUUUUUAUCGGAAUUCCCACCUGGUAGUGCACCAGAGAUCUCACACAGGGGACAAACCAUAUCAGUGUCUGGAUUGUGGGAAAAGUUUCAAUUGGAAUUCUACCCUAGUGAUACACCAGAGGACUCAUACAGGAGAAAAACCAUAUGAGUGUCUCGAGUGUGGGAAAAGUUUCAUUCGAAAUUCUGACUUGGUGAUACACCAGAGGAUUCACACAGGAGAGAAACUCUAUGACUGUUUGGAUUGUGGAAAAAGUUUCAGUCAGAAUUCUCAUCUGAUGUUACACCAGAGGUCUCACACGGGAGAGAAACCAUAUGAGUGUCUAUUUUGUGGGAAAGGUUUCAGUCAAAAUUCCUAUCUGGUUAAACACCAGAGAAUUCACACAGGUGAAAAACCAUAUGAGUGUCCUGAAUGUGGGAAAAGUUUCAUUCGGAAUUCCGGCUUGGUGAUACACUGGAGGACUCACACUGGGGAGAAACCUUAUGAGUGUCCAGAUUGUGGGAAAGAUUUCAGUAUCAGGUCUAGCCUUAUAAAUCAUGUAAGGUUACACACAGGGGAGAAACCAUUCAAGUGCCCAGAUUGUGGGCAGUGUUUUACACAAAAUUCCUCUCUUACCGCACACAAGAAAUUCCAUAUGAAGCAAAAUUUGAUAUGUGUAGAGGAAUCUUGAAUUUGGUUUCUCUUCUCUCUUUGGAAGCCCAGUUGAUAAAUUAACCAUUUAAUUUCUUGCUUUAUUCUUUUUAGUCAAACAUGUCUUAGUAUCAAACAUGAGGGAGGAGAUCUGAGCUAUUUUUCUCUGGUGGUGUGUGGUUGUUCCCUUUCAUAGUGUCGACGGGAAUUGCCAUGCUGGGCCAGAGAAAAGGCGCUUAGUUCUUAUUAGGUAUAUUUGUCAACUUGAGUUAAUUCUACAUAUAAUAAAGGCGGGAUAUAGAUAUGUAUAUAUGUAUGUAUAUAUGUAUUUUUAUUUAUGAAGAAAUUAUGUAUGGCAGCCCAACUCAACGUGACUCCAGACUGCUUAUAACAAUAAAACCUUAAUACAGAAACCAAUAAACCCCAUAUAUAGCAAAUAGCAAAAUACAAAACCUAGAGAUUUGACAUUUGACAUACUCCCUCAUCAUUGCAUUCCCCACCAUUGUUCCCCAGCAGACUGAAAAGGGCCCAGGUGUCUUCCUCCUACACAGCCCUUUCACUGGGUGGCAAAGUCAGAACUGCAAGCAGAGAGUGAGUUGUAGUCCCAAGCUGCCAAUCUUUCAUUGCCCUCUUCAGCUGCAAUUAGAAAAGAUCUGAAUCUGCAGCAAUGCCUUGAACUGCCCUGCCAGGAAAACCUCUCAUGAUUUUAUUAUGCAUAGAAAACUGCUGUUGAGGGUAUAUAGCCUGCCAGGAUGGCAAAUGUCCAGAAGGGGGGAAAUCGUUCUUCCAGCCCUCUCCUGAUAUGGAAAAGAAAUUUAUUUAUUUAUUUAUUUUUAUAUGCCGCCCUUCUCCGGAGACUCAGGGCGGCUUACAAUGCGUUAAGCAAUAGCCUUCAUACUUUUGUAUAUUUUAUACAAAGUCAGCUUAUUGCCCCCACAACCUGGGUCCUCAAUUUACCCACCUUAGAAAGGAUGGAAGGCUGAGUCGACCUUGAGCCUGGUGAGAAUUGAACUUGCAGUAAUUGCAGGCUGCUGGAUGUUAAAUGCUGCCUUAGUAGGAGGCAUUAGCCUCCUAUGCCACUCAGGCUCCACCAAUAUGGGUGGUAGUCAGUUUGUAACAGCCGUUAGUGCUAGAACUACUUUAUCAGGAGGCAACUGGACUUUCUGGCUUUUCUUUGAAGAUGUUUCGCUUCUCAUCCAAGAAGCUUCUUCAGCUCUGACUGGAUGGUGGGGGAUGGAAGGAGUCCUAGUCCUUGCAGACAGCUUGCCAUUUGCAUUCUUUCAGAGAGUCUUUAAGGCCGCCUGGAGGUUUAUCUGUGUCCUCAGGGUCACGUGAGUAGUGGAAAUAGGUGUGGAGCCUUCGUGACUGCAGGAUGGUUUCGGUCCUGUGUUCCUUCACUGUUGGAGAGAGAGAGGAUGCCAAGAAGACCACUAUGGACAACAGAGAAUGAGAAGCAGCAUUAAAAUACAAAAUAAACCAUCAAUAAAAAUCUUUUUUGAUUUCUCUACAAAGUGGAAAAGCUCUUCUUCCUCGGCAGAUGAGAAACAAGGGAAAGAAAAACAAGAAAAAAGUUUUGAACUGGAAAAAUUAGAAUAUAUGGAACUGAGGAAAACAUUACAUGAAACGUCAAGGAGGAUAAUUUCUAAAUAAAGAAAAAAUACUUGGAAA